UAGAUGAGGAAUGCAAAAAUAACCUUUCUGAGCUGCCCAAAAGGGCUUGCUUUGUAUACACCAAGCAUGGUCAAAGUAUGGCACCAUGCCGGAACAGCCAGCAGAGAGCCCAGGCCUUCAAGCACUCCUGUGGCUGUCGAAGCAGUGGGAGGCCUUCCGCAGAUGGCUGUGGCCCUGUCAAGGGACCACACAGUUGGAGGUGGUGUUUCAGGGAGGCGCUAUGCUUCGGGAGGGCUAUGAAAUGACCUCCCCCGAGAUUGCCUUGGUGCAUCGUGGCGAGAGAGUGCUUCUUUUGCAAGAGGUUGGCCGACGAGCUCAAGUGCGCACUGGCGAUGGUUUUGUCGGCUGGCUCUCUUUCUCCACUGCCGAGAAUGUGCCAAUUGCACAGAAAGUCCGGCUUGAAGGAAGUGCUGGCAAGGUUCGUCGAAAAGAGGAUCCCUCUAGCUUUCGAGAAGAGUUUGAGUCCAAGUGGCGCAGGCUCCGGACAGAUGUGGGACCUCCAGAGGCCCACAUGCACUCGCUGCGGCAGAGCUCGGGUCGAAUCCCAAUCAGUCAAUGGCGACCAGGCGUGGUGCCUCAGAGUCCCAAGGCACCACGACUGGUGCCUCGGAUUCGGCCACCGGCACAGACGCCUCCGAAAGAGUGCACUUUCUCAGAGGUGGCAUCGAGUCCCUCAGGAGUGCCUAAAGUCAGCACUUGUGAUGGCUCUCCACCUGUGAAUCCAGCAGAAGAUCUUCUGGACCUCAGUGAGCCUAAAGAGGACCAAUUCAAUUCACGACCCUGGCCAGACCUGGUGCAGAUCCUUGCUGCAAGCUCGAAUCCUCCGACAUAUCGAUCUGAGCACAGACCUGAUGCAGAUGGCAUUCCAGAUGCACCUCCCUCACGCAGGGAGAGCCAGUUGGACACAAAAACGUGGCUCGAGUUGCAGAAGGAGGAGGAAAAGCUACUGGAUCAGCUCCCACGUUUCGAGCAGCUUUUGGAUGAACAACCCGACCCAGAGGAUACUGAGGUGAAACUCACCUUUUCAACCUACGAGAUGGAAGAUGCACUGCAUGAAGGUCUUGUGCAAGAAGAUUCAGGGCAAGAAGAUGUUCAGGUUCACCCACCCGUGGUCACCGGACCGGUCAAGGUUCAGCAAGAGAUUGAGGAAAAUAUGAAAGCACUGCAAUCCCAGGCUUGCGACAAAACCGCGCCUGAGACACUGCUUCACAUUGAUGAAAAGACUGAAGCUGUGUCGCAAACCACGCGAGACUGUUGCCCACACAAACAUGGACUCUCCAAGAUAGCAUGAUGUUCAAGUUGCGUUGCUUUUGUUUCGCAUUAUUUCCGUAAAUGUCUAGUUUCACGUUGUACCCGAUUGUCACUACCUCGA